UGUUAAUUAUUAAUUAAUCACCCGAAUGUUGACUCUUCUAUCAUUUUCGCUUCCUCUCAUAAUCAUGAGCUUAAACCUUCAUUGAAUUAACCAGCUUUCAUAAUUUGCAAUGUAAAACGUCGUUUUCUUUCUUCCAAACCAACCACGAUGACGAAAGAGCUUCUGCAGCUUCCUCUGCUGCAGCUCCAACAACGGUGUCGUUUUGAACUUCCUUUGCCAAUGUUGAACUUCGCAUUCUCAGAUUCGUCUCUUCCCUCUGCCUUUUGAAUCCCUUCUAUCGACCUCUCUCAACUUCUCCUUAUCCCGUUUCAGUAAUUUUUUGGAUUUCUCUCCAUUUUCCGCGUUUGCGUUUUCGGCGCUUACUUCUAUUUUGUUAUUUCUGGACUCCUCUUCGAGAAAUUCCUGGAGAGGAAAAUCUGUUGCUAACUGAUAACAUGGAGCAGUAUGAAGUGCUUGAGCAAAUUGGAAAAGGCGCUUUUGGUUCUGCUCUUCUUGUGAAGCAUAAGCAUGAGAAGAAAAAAUAUGUGCUGAAGAAGAUUCGCCUUGCCCGCCAAACUGAACGCUCUCGUAGGUCUGCUCACCUGGAGAUGGAGCUCCUCUCCAAAUUAAGGAACCCAUUUAUUGUGGAGUAUAAAGAUUCAUGGGUAGAAAAGGGUUGCUAUGUAUGCAUUAUUAUUGGUUAUUGUGAGGGUGGAGACAUGGCGGAAGCUAUAAAGAAAGCUAGUGGUGUUAUGUUCCCUGAGGAGAAACUAUGUAAAUGGCUUGUUCAACUUCUUAUGGCGCUUGAUUACUUGCAUGCGAACCAUAUUCUUCAUCGUGAUGUCAAGUGUUCAAAUAUAUUUUUGACAAAAGAUCGUGACAUACGCCUUGGUGAUUUUGGACUUGCCAAAAUGUUGACUUCCGAUGAUCUAACUUCCUCUGUCGUCGGAACUCCAAGCUAUAUGUGUCCUGAACUCCUUGCUGAUAUACCUUAUGGCUCUAAAUCAGAUAUUUGGUCCCUUGGAUGUUGUAUAUAUGAAAUGACCUCGCUUAAGCCUGCAUUCAAAGCAUUUGAUAUACAGGCCCUGAUUAACAAAAUUAAUAAGUCCAUAGUGGCUCCAUUGCCAACAAAAUAUUCUGGUGCAUUUCGUGGUCUUGUCAAAAGCAUGCUGCGGAAAAAUCCAGAGCUUAGACCUAGUGCUGCAGAACUACUCGGGAACCAACAUCUUCAACCUUAUGUUCGUAAGGUCCAUCUCAAAAUCAAUAGCCCAAGGCGAAGUACUUUGCCAGGUAUUUGGUCAGAAUCCAACUACAUGAAGAAAGCUAGAUUUUUGAAGUCAGAAGAUGAUCAUGUUUCUGUCUCUGGGUAUAAGUGGCAUUCUAUUAGUAAUGAUAGGACUUUAAAUCCCAGUGUAUCAGGAGCGGAGGUAGAUUCUCUAUGCUCUACGCUAGAGAUAGACUGUACUCCUGAUAAUUUAAAUCAAAGAUUUGCUAAACUUUCUAUUGGAGACAAUCACGAUUUGAAGUCACAGCAUAAGUCAGCUGUUUCGAGAACUUCUAGUAAUGCCAGGAUUCCUACGCUAACUACAUCAAAAGCUUCUGCCACCCCGAAGAAAUCAAUGGUAUCCUCAAAGAAUCAUAAGACGCUUCCCGUUUCACACAAUAUGAAACAACCUGUCCAUACAACUCGCAGAGCAUCAUUGCCGUUCCCACAAAGUUGUGCCAUUCAGCUGCCUCCCCGCAGGUCCAGUACUGGUUUACUUUGCAAUGUAACCUCACCCAAUAUUUCAGUUAACUCUCCCCGGAUUGAUAGGAUAGCAGAAUUCCCAUUAGCAUCAUAUGAAGACCAAUUGUUUCCCAUCAAUAGAUGUUCCCCAAACUCGGUACAGGGUUCCUCAGGUUCUCCUCCUUGUGGCAAUGAUUCAACAUUGAUAGACAAGUGCACAAUCAAGGUAUGUGACACAUCCUAUGUUAAGCCAGGAUGUACGGAUGCUUGGCAGGGAAUCAAGCGCAGCAUGCUCAAGAAAAACAAUGAGGAUAAAAGUGGGUCAUCUGAUCAAAAUGCAACAGCUGGAGCAUCAAGCCACAACUCUUCAGACUUGCACUGCCGGCAGUUUGAUACUUCAUCAUUCCAACAAAGGGCGGAGGCAUUAGAAGGUCUGCUUGAAUUUAGUGCCAGAUUACUGCAGCAGGAAAGGUAUGGAGAACUCGGGGUUUUAUUAAAACCGUUUGGGCCAGGGAAAGCUUCCCCAAGGGAAACUGCUAUUUGGUUGAGCAAGAGUUUCAAGGAGAACACUUUCAGCCGAGAACAAUCCACUUAAACUGCUGUAAUAUCUCAUAGUCAUGCUUGUAGAGUCAUGUGUUUCAUUUCACAAUUUAGAUAGCAAUUUUUUUUAUAGGUAACAACGUUUUUUCAUUUACCCACUUUCUUUUCACUUACUGAGCAAAUGAUGUAACUCACUUUCAAUCUGAUGAAUGACCAUAGUUCUUUUCACGAA